AAAGGGCGCCGGGGAAAAGAUCCGCAACCACUUGGAAGGCAUCAAUCACAAAGCGACUUCGAAAGCCCGUCUGACGCGCACAGCGUGUGCACACCAUGUCUUCUCCGCCCCUCCUUCGCCUGCCCGUUGAGCUUCAUCUGGAAAUAAUCAGUCUUCUCGACCUAAGCAACAAAGCCAACUUGGCUUUCACAAAUCGCUAUUUCAGAUCUAUCAUAUCCGCACCGACGCAUGCCGAAUUUCUGGCCGCCGAAGGAACUACUUGGGCCAAGACUAAACAACUUUAUACUUGCAAAGGCUGCAUCCGCUUUCACCACUGGAAAGCCUUUGCCGACGAUAUGAGAAAAGGCAAAUGGUGUCGCAGUGGUACUUCGGCCCACACAAGAUUUUGUCUCGAAUGCGGGGUAAGCGAUGCGCUGUACGCCCCAGGAACACUACUCACAAUCUGCAAUCGAGUUCACGUGCUCUGCGGUCUCUGCAGAGUCCUUACAGAUCAAGUUGGCGACCGUCGUGGCAGGUGCGCUGGUUGUUCCCCAGGCCCGUCACGCAACUACAACUGUGACUACUUCAACCACGACAGUGACGAUGGCUGGAGGCAAGAACGCGCAUCUGAUCGAAACCACCUACGAGAGAUGUACGACUGGCCUGAAGAGGGACGCCUCUCUAGGUACUAAGACUAAGAGUGUUACCAACAACCGUAGAUUGGCAGUGUGUCGUUGGUCGCAGCUGGAAGCAAUGGUACCCUCGCAUACAAAGCUAGAGCAUUCCACGGCCACGAUCUCAUCAGAUAUGAGACUACGACAUCUUGUAUAGACUACGGUUGCUGUUAUUCCGGCAUUGUCCUCCUCUUCGCGUUUGCCACUGUGUUCACCAAUAGACCGUUCGCAGAUGUUCCUCACUCCACCACGUCAUGGCUGCUGUCAAUAUUAACAAAUGCUCUACCAUUCAUAAGGUGCCCA